AUGAGCUAUUACUACAGCAACUACUAUGGUGGCCUGGGCCGUUGCUAUGGCUGUGGCUAUGGUUGGGGUUAUGGUGCUGGCUAUGGAGGCUAUGGAUAUGGCUGCUACCACCCACGUUGCUAUGGAAGAUGUUGGUUCUCUGGCUGCUACUGA